AACCAGUUCUACUGUUACAGAACAGAGGAAAAUAUGAUUCCGACCGAAAAUGUGUCUUCAGAAUUUGCAAUAUCGCAUCUCCCAUCAAUGAGUACUAAUUGAGUCGACAGGACAAAGAACGAACCAUUAGUGAGUUUUAUCACAAGCUUCCACCGUCCUCGGGUUCCUGCCGUACGUACCUGCAAAAAAAGAUCGAGUUGCUGGCUAGGUUUUACAUUCAUCAACAACAUUGCUAGACAACUCGGAAGAAGGAGGAGGACAACGAGCAGCAGCCCCGAUCUCGUUUGCUUGUCGCUUCUUCUUGUAUAAAAAAGGAACCGACUUGGCGGUGUGCCGCUUUGGCUCUCUGCUAACCACUCCACCUCUCCCGCCUUAAAUGGCCUCUUCCUCCACUCCGCCGCCGCCUCAAGGGCUCGCCGACGACGACAAGAGGCCCCACAACCCCCUCCUCGCCGCGGCCGCGGCCGCCGCCCUGCUCGCCGUGCUCUACCUCCCGCUGCCCGUCCUCCAGCUGCUCCUCUCCCCCGCCCCGCUCUCCUCCGUCCUCCUCCUCCUCUGCCUGCUCCGCCUCGGCUCCCCGCCGCCAACUCCAUCCGCCACCGCUCCUCCCCCUCCCCCACCGGAGCGAGCCACAGAGGUCGCGCCGCCUCCACUUCCACCGCCGCCGCCCAAGCCCGCCCAGAACGCGGUGCUCCUGGAGGCCGAGUUCGCGUCGUGGGCUCCCAAAGGCCGGGCCCUGGAGGUGAUCCACGAGGAGUUCGAGGCGGAGUGGGGGCCCGAGGAGAUGGGCCUGCCGUGGACCUCGGAUUCCGACUCCGACAGCGGCAGCGACGACUACUACGGCGGCGGCCGCGGCCGGGAGGAGUACGGGAUGAUCGAGAUCGAGCUGGAGGAGGACAACCUCAUCGAGAUCGACAUCUCCAGUUGCCGGUGACGGAAGACAGGUUGCCGGCCCCGACAAUCUUGUCAGAGGGUUUUUUUUCCCCUUGGGGCGGGCUUCUUCUUGGUUCUUGCGGUUGGUUAAUUUUCCUUGACGACAACUUUUUGGCUGAUUCGGCGUGUGGAUUCGGGUGCCGUGCUUGAUGCCCCUCUGUUUAGAAAGAUGGCUUGCAUUGCUGCAAUGUACAUAUAGGUUUGGCGAGAUGAGAUACGGAGUGAGGAAGGCUUGUUCAUUUUGGCUAAUCUGACAUCUGAGAUGAUGGCAAGUUCAGUUAGAUCCUACAGUAGUUUUGUGUGACACUUACUUUUAAUCACUUGAUUGAAGGAAUCGAGUUGCGGUACUAGUUGCAUUGGCCUCUAUCUAUACUAGCACUCCAGUUGUUAACCAAGCAACAUGAGCUAUAUUGUCAAUGGUGGAAUCUGUUGUUCCAAUGAACAUUAGUAGUACGGAGUACAAGAUGGGCAUAUUUUUCUUCUUUUUUCUAGCAGCAUGAGCUAUUGUCAGUCAAUUGUUGAACCACAUUGCUCCUGCACUGGUGUAGUGGUGUGUAAUGUUUGUUGCUAUUCGAUUGUGAAUUGUGCUCGAGUUUGACGUUCAA